UCUCCGCCAGCACGUGUGUGCGGUUGUUUUUUAUUUAACUUUUAUUUAUAACGAACUGUACGAUAAAUAGGGAAAUAUUAAAGCACUAUGGCCAUACAACCCAACCGGCGGAAGAGGAAACACGAGGAGGCGGAUGCGGAACAGCAGGACGAAGGCGAGGUGGCAGUGCCCAAGAAACUGCCCAAGGAGUCCGACACUCCAAAGAAAAAGAAGAAAAAGUCUAAAACAGAUGAAAUCCAGGUGGAAACCACGCCGGAAACAAAAGAAACCGAGUCUGUAGACUCCACACCUUCAAAGAAAAAGGUAAGGAAGCCCAGAACCCCCGUAAAAAAUGAAGAGCAACAGGUGGAAAUGGAAGUGGAGGAAUCUCCGUCUGAGAAACAUAAAAAACAAAGGCAUGAGCAGAAGGAUGAGGAUGAAAUAAGUCCAGAUUCGGGGAUUGAACCCGAAGAGACAAGGAUACGAUUUCCCAACGAUUUCAAGAUGAUGCAUUUCCGCACCAAACUCCGUAGCAAUAACUUUAUAACAGAACUGCGGCACUUCCUCUUCAUGUGCUCCACCAGCCGUCCCAAACUGGCGGCCAAGUACAUAGAGAAGCGCGGAAAACCCUUGGAACUGGUCGAGGCCUUCGAAAGGAUCGACAAGAGCAAUCUUCUGCACGUGGACUACCUCACGGAGGCGCUGCAUCGGGUUGUGAUGGAAAUACUCACCAACCAGAAGAACCACAUGGAAUCGGCUGCUCAUGGCUGCCGCUAUUUCCUAAAGGUCCACGGCGGAGUGCUCGAGAAUCUGCUGCAAUCCUCGCGACCAAGUCAUCGACGCAAUGCACUGAAACUGCUGACGGCCAUCGUUUGCGUAGAGCCCCAACUAGGUCGCCAGGUUCUAAACUCCUACGAUGUCCUCUCUAACGUGACGGUGAUGCAGCAGAUGCUGUCGCAUGCCAAGAACGAUUACCAGAACGAGGACACAGUGCGCAAGGCGUAUAUACAUUUUAUUCUGGCCUUCCUGGUCGAGGGCAACACUCUACUUAUCCGUAACAUCCUGGACCGCGGUCAACUGAUUGGCGUGCUGGCCAAGGGGUUGGUCUACGAUGAUCAUGUAACCGUCUGCGUGGUGCUGAACGCCCUAAGGCAGUAUGUGCUUGAGAACCCUGACAUACAAAAGACCAAGAAGGUGCUGGUGUUUGAUUUGGAGUGCUGCAAGAAUCUGCGGCGCCUUUACGACUGGGAGGGGCCCGUCGGGCUCUCCGUUCUGUUCAACAAUGAACGUAAGAAGGUGAAGCAGCCUCCGAAGCCACAGGAGGCGGAAGCCGUAUCUGCGGCUGUUCACGAACUGCUAUUGGUCCUACUUACUUCCCGCAAGCACGGCGUCUGCUUCGAUGCCAUGACCCACUACCGACAGAAGCAGAACAAGCUACAAGGCAGAUUACUCGGUUCUCUGUACAAACCAUUCGAUAAUCCACGCAAGACGGAGCUGGUCAUCCAGACUCUAACAGCCUGCCCUGACUUGGGACGCAAUACCGUGAGGAAUUUCUCUAGCCUUCUCAGUCCAGCCAGGAACAAGAUGGAGGACGUGCCCAAAGCUGCCAUUUUCUUGUCCCAGGUCAUUGAUGCCGUUCCGCCAAAUGCUCUUUCAACUGCCUUUGACAAGAUGACGCUUACAGAUUUCGGAUUUUGGAUUAAGCAGCUGUGCCUGCCCAUCGAAGCUUUGUUGCACAUCACAGGCAAAAAGUUCCUAAACGACACUCAAUUCCCUUUGCGAUUGGCAGUGAUACGCCUUCUGCUGUCUAUGAUGAAGCAGUACAGCAAUUACGUGCAUGCCAUUGCUGUCCGUGAACAGUCGAAAAAGGCCGGUAACUCGUUGCGUAAAUUCAAGUUCGAUUUGCUGAACCAUCUGCUAGUCCACUUCCCCACCAUCGAGUCUGUUCUGUACUCGCUUUUCCUUACCAUUAAGCAGCAGGAAACGGAGGAAGUGCUAGAGUAUUUAUCGGUUACCUUAGACCUGGUGCUGCUCAUGUGCAAAGAGAAUCGAGCUUUUGUGAACAGGACAAGUCAAAUUUUGGAUUAUUUGGAUGUUUUGCGACCGCUAUACCAGACUGACUUUGAUAAUCUAAAUAAACCGCAAGAGCGUUUUAAGAUUCAACUGGAGUUGAAGUCGAUUAAAACUAUCCUUUUGCUGUUCCCGCGCUCUUUAAACCCUCAGGAAGACCUCUUUGGCAAGGUAUUCCAAUCGUUCAUAAAAGCGUACAUGCUGGAGGAUGUGGCCAUCAAGUCAGAGGCUGGCAACAUAUUGAAUCGCCUGUUUCACAACACAGGACUGUUUGAUUCCUGCAGCCACGAGAUCAACAUUUGGGUAGAGGCACUCAUAGGAUUUAAUGCGGAAACGGUGACUAAUGUGGUGGAUAUCCUUCUGGCAGUACUCUGCUUGGAUUGGAGGCAGAUACAGGUCCCGGAGCUAAGCGUUGCCGAAUCGGCCACUAAGACCAAAAAUUUAAGCAAACUGUUUGCCCAAAUCGAACAGGGUCAAACAGUGCAGGCUUAUGUGGAAACUCUGACCCUGAGCAAGAUGAUGCCUCUGCUGCUACAGGGUGUGGAAUUGGAGAAACCCUACGACGCCUAUGUAGAGCUAGUAUUUUUCCUGCUCUUCCACUACCACAGCAAGCCGGAGCAAGUGCUGCAGCUUUACGAGGAUAACUUAGUGCAGCACACUUCUUACAUGAAGAGCUGGUUGCCUGGCAGUUCAUACGAGCAGCCAAAAAAACUUCCAUCAUUCUUCGCCGAUAAGUGGCCCCUGCUGAACCAAAUGCGCAAGGGUGUCAGCAAUAAGAAUUCCCAGACCUUCGAACAGAUAUUCAAAGUGGAGGAACAGGACAAGAACUUUGAGCUGCAACUGGGCGAGGGACAGACCAUGUUGUUGCACCCCAGCCUCAGCAAUCCUCGACGCAACAUGAUCUACGUUCAGGAUCUGCUCUUUGUUUUCAGCUAUUUCUACACCAGUGCGCGAUUAAGAAGAGCGCAAGCAGAACUCAUAGCAGAUUAUCUAAUCAAGUUCCUCCAAAUCGCCAGCCAAGUGAAUGAUGGCAAGGAAGAGGUGCAAGAGGAAGAAGACGAUCAGCAACAGGACGAGACAUACACUCAGAGUCUGCUGCACUACAUCUACAACAUUCGGCUGUGGCAAUUGCAUCCCACAGAAAUGCUGAGCGAAACCAGCGAGACUCGAUUGAACUAUGUUAUUUUCCUUAGGAGACUGACGGAACAUUGCCGUAGUUUGCCUCGAUUCGAGAACUAUACUGCAAACUACCGGCUACACCUGGUUAAGACCCUGGAUAUUGCUUUGGAUACUUCAGUGGAGAAACUGGAACCUCAACAGCAACUUGUUGAGUGUGUGGCCCUGGUGGAUUCAUUUGAAUUGACAUCUAGUCAGUGUUCCCAAAUGCUGGACUUGCUUACUACCAAAGUGCAAGCAAAGGAUUUCAUCCCAAACAGUAAACCAAAUCAUUACUUUGAUCUACUGCUUCGCUUGCUGGGACGAUUGACCACUCUGAAAGAGCCCAUCGAUUGCAGAAAAUCGUUCAAGGAGCUCCUGAAUUUCUACAAGGACUUCUGCGAGCUGAGCGAACAACAUUUGGAACCUUUGGAGGCGGCCAUUCUGCAGUUCUUACUUAGCUACCAUCAUCACCUGACAGAGUGCGAUAGCGACUUCUUUGCGUGUUUCUUUACAUCCUCUCGAAAGCUAAGCAAAUCCGCAAUACGCCUGGCCAGUUUACUACUCGAACGCCAACCCAGAUUGGCAGAGAAAUUUGCGGAACUGUUGCCCAGCAAUUUGGAGCAAAAGGAACUGGUGUAUCCCCUCCUGGAUAUUGCUUUGACCAAGAACUACCAACUACCUCAACCAGUGCUCCAACGUUGCUAUCAGACAUACAAAAAUGGCUUCAUGAAGAGCAUCGAAAAGCCACAAAAGGCAGCUUUAAUCUACCGUGAGCAUCCGGAGGCAAGUGCCCUGCUCAUUGCGCUUUGCAUGCCCAAGUCCGAGUGCCUGGAUUACUGUCAGAAACAGCUCAAACUGGACUCCGUGGAGCUCUUCCAGGUGCGAGUUUUACGGGAAAUCUACUGGCAAGCUUUUGCUGCUGCCAAGGAUGCCAAGCAAAAGGCUACAGUCUUCGUAAAUUACAUAAACCUCAACGUCCAACUGCUGGCUCUGGAUUUAAAGAAACAGGCUUUGGAUCUGCCCAAGCUGGAGCAAAUAUCUUGGAACUGUUACGAGUGGUGGGAGAUGAAUCAGGAUAAGGAUCUACCUCUAGAUUGGAGUCGCCUACUGAAAAACCCGCAGUGGCUGAACUUCUGCAAGAGCUGCUUGAAGUUGGCCCUUCAUCUCGGUCCGGAACGACAGCCGCUUCAGGAUGAAACCAAUGGACUGGUGCUGAAGCUAAUGGCCUUCCUGUGCAAUGGCAUGUAUGAGGAUUAUCAGGAGGAUGCUCAGCAGGAGGAGGAUCCCACGCCAGCACUGCUAUACGAAAUGAUUUGCACGCAUUCCUGCUGCUUCGAUCAUCUCUUGGGCAAUCAGAGCGAAACCAAAACUCAUCUCCUACAGCUCAUGGAGGCACUGGCCAGGAAGGCACCCAGUGCCCUCCAGUCCGCCCACAUACCCGUGAUUCUGGGCUCUUACCAUGCGAAACUCUCUUCCGCAGAUCGUUACGGACUAGCUCUGCUGGAGCACUACGAACGAUUCGAUGUUGGCUUGGAUAAGUUCAGACCCUUUAUUUGGGGAGAAAGUGCUGUGGCCCAUUAUGCAUUAAGAGCUGCCGACGAGGAUGAGCGAGCACGGUUGCAGCAGCAGGAGACGAACGUGGCCCAGGUGCUGGCCCUGAUUGUUCGGGAGACCAGCGAGUACACCAUUGAGAAUUUCCCGAUUUGGAGGAGCUUGCAUGCCAGUCAACAACUGCCCUCCGUGGAGUUCCACAAUCCGGCGAAGAAAUCGCAAAGAUUCGGCGACAAUCAGGUGGAACGAAUGGUGGAGGAAGGCCGGGAAGAUUUCCCCCAGGAUCUAAGGCGCAUCUGCCCGAAGCGCGAGAAGGUCUACGAUACCUGCUACGAUCCUACCUUCCUGCUGCCCCUGAUGAUGCACUGCUUCGCACCGGAAUCCGUGGUCUGGUCUCGCUGGCCGGUGCAGAAUGGACUGCUGGCGGUUACCUUCUGUGGCCUAUCCUCGCUGGACAAGGACAUGAGGUUGGCGGCUGCCAGUUGCCAGCAACGCUAUCGCGCCCAUUUUGAGCUCUCCAAAUUUUACGAGCGUCCGCUGUGGACGCAGGCCUACGACAACAUCCAGGCGGGAUUGAGCGACCUGAGAAACUCCUGGCUGGCGCAGAGGAGAACGCACGGAGGAACCCCUAGGGUGCCCCUGAUCCCAGCCCUGUUUAUCGCUCACAGUUUUAACCUGAGCACAGAGCCAACGCAUCUGCUGUAUAAGAGACUUAUGAUGUACCUGCGGCUGAAGCAGAGCUUCAACUUCCAGACGAUACCCGACUUCAAUGUGUUCUUCUACUCCCAAGAGCCGGAGCACCAGCAGUACCGCGAGUUUAUCGUGGAGCUUCUUAGGAAUGGCAUCAAGUGCAGCGCCGAUCUCUUCCUGCUGGUAUCCACCAACACAUUCAAGGUUCUGCUCGGUUACUACGGCUCCAGCUUGGCCACUCUGGAAACGAAUCUGCUGCUCCUAUCGGUGCUCUCUACUUGCGUGAAGAUCCCCGGCGCAGUCAAGAUCAUGCUGGAGCACGUGGGCAUCCUUCCCUGGCUGGUGAGCGUGAUCCGUGACACGGAGUUCCAUCAGUUCGACAUUAUCGAGGGCGUCAUCAGCAUCAUCAACAAUCUGUGGUAUGCCCUGGCCGCCUCCCGAGCGGAACUGCCCGACUACGACCAUGUCCAGUUGCGGGUGUAUCGUCUGGUGCUGCAAAUAUUGCCACUGCUCUCGCCACGGAUUUCUGUGCCUGGUUUGGGCCGCCUGCUCAACGUUCUGUGGAAGAGUGGCUCGGCCAGUGGCCAGCAUCGAGCCUUGUCCGCCGACCAACUGGAUGUCCUGCUCGAGUGCAUCGCUCGGCAAUGGCCGGAUCAGCUGGCUAGCGUGCGCUAUGUGAGGAACUUCGGUGGCUCUGGCGCCUGUUCUCGAUCUGAGUACUGCGACUGGCUGGCCAAGGACCAACAGCUCGAGGCACCGGCCGUCCUCGCCUUGUCCAGUCUGCGGGAGUACGUCAUGGAUUGGUGGCAAGCCCACAAGGUGGAAGUUAAGGAGGAAUCAAAGCAACUGGUGGAGUCAACUGAGUAGGAAAUCCUUCUGUUUUGCUCUAGGUUAAGCUAUUAAAAUGUGUUUAGUGUACAGGCGUAACGAGUCUUCGAUAUAUUAAAUUGUAUGCAAUGAAAUUUUAAAA